CGACGUCCGCUUCAUUUGAAAUUCGAAUUUCGGCUGCGGCGCUGCUCACAUGAAACACGGCACGUUUGCCGCCAAAAAGGAUUUAAUGUCACCGUGACGUUAUUAUUUUUUUUUUAUUUCGCGUUUCGCUCAAACGAGGUUCUAGUGAUUUUGUGUUAAAUCAAGUGAAUAGUGAAAGUUGAACUUGCAAGCUCCGGUGACAGGAUGGCGGGAAUGAACAGUCGUCUCGCGUUCGCGAUAUUUUGCGCAUCGUGGUCAGCUUUCCAACAUGGAUACAAUACUGGAGUCAUGAACGCACCGCAAGGAGUUAUGUCAGAUUGGUUGCAAAAAGAGGCACUAACCGGCACGAAUUUAACGUUACCCUCAAAAGAAGACCCGAAAGUGACUACAGUAUGGUCCAUUACCGUCGCUAUUUACUGCGUGGGGGGCAUGAUAGGGGGGGUGAUUACUGGAUUCGUGGCUGACAGAUUUGGACGGAAAGGCGGUCUUUUAUGGAACAACGUGUUAGUGUUUAUAGCAACUGCUUUGGAAGGGCUGUCCAAGUUAUCGCAGUCCUCAGAAAUGUUGAUAGUCGGCAGGUUGGUUAUAGGAAUAAACAAUGGUUUAAACGCGGGACUAACACCUAUGUAUCUCGCUGAAAUAUCACCGGUCUCCCUUCGUGGUUCGAUCGGUACAGUGUACCAACUAGUGAUAACAAUAACGAUCCUUCUCUCCCAAAUACUGGGCCUGGAGUCAGUGCUGGGAACGCCGACCGGCUGGCCGUGGCUGCUCUCAGUGACUGUGAUACCCGCUGUCAUUCAGUGCUGCACACUGCCGCUGUGCCCGGAGUCGCCCAAGUAUUUACUGCUGAACAGGGGCGCUGAGUUGAAGGCUCAGAGGGCGCUCAACUGGCUGCGAGGCGAUGUGGCUGUGCAUGGGGAGAUGGAGGAAAUGCACCAGGAAGCCGAAAAAAAUAAAAUAAGCAAGAAGGUCACACUCCGGGAGCUAUUUGGUAAUCGCCAAUUGCGCCAACCACUCCUCAUCGCUAUGGUGGUGAUGGUGGCCCAGCAGUUGUCUGGCAUUAAUGCCGUUAUCUUCUACUCUACUGACAUAUUCAAAGGCGCCAGGCUGGAUACUGCACAGAGCCAGUAUGCUACUUUGGGUAUGGGAGCUAUGAACGUGGUGAUGACGAUCAUCAGCCUCCUGUUAGUGGAGGUGGCUGGCAGGAAGACGUUGCUUCUGGUUGGAUUUAGUGGCAUGAUGGCCUGCACCAUCGGAUUGUGUGUCGCUUUUGUAUAUACGGACUACGCGUGGGUGUCGUACCUAUGCAUUGCGCUGGUGAUUCUCUUCGUGGUGAUGUUUGCGGUUGGUCCAGGCUCGAUACCGUGGUUCCUUGUUACUGAACUGUUCAAUCAAGCCGCAAGGCCAGCGGCUUCCUCUGUAGCUGUUACAGUUAACUGGACUGCCAAUUUCAUCGUGGCGCAGAGUUUUCUCCCCUUAUCCCUUGUUCUAGGCACCAAUGUGUUCCUGAUAUUCGCAGCUCUUCAAUUCAUAUUUAUAUUAUUUAUAACCUUCAAAAUACCAGAAACAAAAAAUAAAACAGUUGAAGAAAUCACGGCGAUGUUCAGACAGCAGUUGUGAUUUGAUAACGGUUAUUUUUAGUUUUUUUAGCGGUACGUUAUAACUGUUAUUUGUUAUAACGGUAUGAGAUAUACAGAUUGAAUAUAAUUGAUUCCAAUAUUUUACAGAUACAAUAUUUUUAUUGUAUACAGAUUUAUACAAUGUGAGAAUUGAAAUCUAAAAUUCAGUGAAGCGAGCAUUAAAAUAUUAAAUCUCGUAUCAUUCUGAUUUCUAUUUGCUUUGAAAAGAUCAAAAAUUAAUUAUUCACUCAAACGCUGACAUAUUGUAAGAAGAUCGACAAAUAACAUGUACGUAUAUUUUUUAUAAUAAAUACUAGAUGCAUGCCCCAGCUCCGGCUGGGUAAUCUUUUAUCGUAAUUGAAAUAAUAUAAAUUAUGUACCUAACCCCUUAGGCACAUGAAACCGAAAGAGUAGAAGAAAUUCGAUUACUGCGGCGGGAUCACGGGUGGCCGAGAGGCUAGGCGUUGCUACGGUUAGGCAAGAUACGCAGGUUCGAAUCCUGCCUCGUGAUCGAUUUUUUUCUAUUCUUUCAAAAUUUCUCAUAAAUUAUGUAUUUUAAGUUGGAUCAAACUGCACAUGGUGUGCAGAUUUAGAUGUAUACCACUAGAUUCAUUACAGUAACUAGAUUCUAGACAAACUAAACAAA